UAUACUGUGAUACGACGGAUCAACGAAUCGAAGAGAGAAAGCAAAUGAAUAGCGAAGCGCCAAAAGUGGCGCGUGGCGAAUGUGACAAUCUCCGAAACAAAUGGUAGAAUAUCGUUUCUCUUUAGUUUCGUUUACUAAAGCCUAACUUCAUCUUCUAUGAUAUAUAUACAUACAAUUUUUUUUGUUGUGAAUUUUUUGUAAUCUCGAAUCUCGUGUUUUUAAACCAUAUUUUCCAACGAUGAGUCAACAACAACAACAAGCGAAGCAAACCAACCAAGAAAUUCGCUCCGCGAAAAGUUUAAAAGUUUCAAAUCCUAAUUUGCAAAAACCUAUUAGUGCUUUAAGAGGUGUGCAAUUUAACGAGGGCAAAAAGAGGUUAGGUUCGAAGAAUUCCGGUAUGAAUUCGGUGAGUCGAGUGUUUUUCCAUAAACGUACAGAUCGGAUGAAGGUUCCCAAGUAUCAGAAUACCUAUCGGCUCGAAUCAUUUAAUCCCUUCAACAUAGAGGUGGUCGAUAACAUGGUGAGGGACACGAUGGAGAGUAAAUUGUCGACGGUGACGGCCUAUCAUCCAAACAUCAUGGCCAAAUUGUGCUGCGAGAUCGACAACGAGUUGCAAAACGCGCUCCUCAAAAAGGAUUACGAUAGGUACAAGCUAGUGGUGCAGGCGACGAUAGUUCAACGUUUCGAUCAAAGUUUACACGCGGGUUUUCAAUGCCUUUGGGACGUGGAACGAGACAAUUAUUCGUACUACGUUUUUGAAAACAACCAUAUUUACGCUUGGUGUUGUGUAUUCGCCAUAUAUUACGAGUAAAAAUUCAUCGUUCUCCGGUUAAAUCGCGCGGACGCAAUAUGCUCGAUACGCGUUACAAUUUCAAGCUAAUUCCUUUUUUUUUUUUUUUUCGUAACUCCUGGACGUGAUAUCAUCCGACACCAGAUUACAUAAUAGCGAAAAUAUAUAUAUAUAUAUAUAUAUAUAUAUAUAUAUCGCGACUUUUACGCGAAUACACAUACGAAUACACGAGCGUCAAAUUUGUUUCGGCUUUUUUUGCGAUCGCGCGUCUGACAGGACAAAUUCUUUUUCUCUUUAUUGCUCGAAUAUAAAAAAAUAUUACGUAAUAAAUAAUUUCGAAAAUUGUAUAUCGAACGAGAAAAAAGAAAGGAAGGAAGAAAGAAAGAAAGAAAGAGAGGAAAAAAAAAAUAAAGGUUUCCUUCGAUCGAUUAUAAAGUAA